GUAGAAACUAUUGGUGAUGCGUACUGUGUGGCAGCUGGGCUUCACCGGAAGAACAAAAGCCAUGCCAAGCCUAUUGCAUUAAUGGCUUUAAAGAUGAUGGAACUCUCAGAAGAAGUUCUCACUCCUGAUGGAAGAUCCAUUAAGAUGAGAAUAGGAAUUCAUUCUGGCUCAGUCUUCGCUGGUGUUGUCGGAGUAAGAAUGCCACGCUAUUGUCUUUUUGGAAACAACGUCACAUUGGCCAGCAAGUUUGAAUCAGGGAGUCAUCCUCGACGUAUUAAUGUCAGUCCAACAACAUACCAGCUUUUAAAAGAGGAGGAAUCUUUUCACUUUGUUUCCCGAUCACGUGAGGAGCUUCCAGACAACUUUCCAAAGGAAAUCCCAGGCAUCUGCUACUUCUUGGAGUUGAACAAUGGCCAGAAACAGCCAAAACAGCCCUUGACAACUGUCAGAAUGAGGAAGGUUUCCUACAACAUUGGCACUAUGUAUCUUAGGGAGACGAGUGUAUGAAACCUCCUAUAUAUUAUAGACUCUUCUCAAAAAGAAAAGCACAAACCCUUAAGUGGGUCAAGACAGGAGUGUAGAGGAUCUUUCUGUGCCAUAAAAUUGCAAAGGACCAUAGCAGUGAGAACUCUACAACAAGCCAGGCAAUAAUUCUUUAUUUUGAUGGUGAGUGACAGGUGUCCAGAAAACAGUUUUUUGUUGCAGAGAGGAUUGAGCCCAGAGGUUCCCGUCCUUGAUGUGUCCAUUUGAACAAUAAACCAUCUCACCCCAGAAGAUACACAAUCUAGACGUCAACAGAAGUCAACAAAAUUUCAAGUCCUAAUGAAUAAAGGAUGGAAUUGCUCAUUUUGGUUCUAUUUGUUAGUGUUUGUACCCAUGAGUUACCCAUCUGCUUGUAAAUUAAUAUACGAUAUGAACGUUUGGCCAAGUCCAAGCUGAAGAUUGGAUAGCCCAACUCCACCGUGCCGUGCCAAUGUUAGUAAAGUGACCUGUAUUUACAUAAAGAUCAUUCCAAUUCUGAACAAAACUACAAGCUCAUUGCCAGAAUAACUGCACACAAAACAAAUUAUAACUACAUGAAAAAUUAACCAAUUUAUAAUAUCAUUGUUAUGUGCAAUUUAAACUCAGUUGUCAAGCCACUUUUGGACCAUAUGAUCAUUUUCAUUGUGGAGAUGAGUUUUUGCUUUUUUUUAUUAGCUUAUUUAGUUACUUUUUUUUCUUACCUGUAUAACCAGACUUUUUAUCAGCAUGUGUAUCAAAGUAUAAUAAUUUACUUCUGUCAAGCUCUGUUAAACUUAGUACGUGACAUCACUUAAGUGUAAGCCGUAAGAAACUAACUGACCGCCAUAGCAUCUGAAUGUAAUUUCUAAAUAAUAUUAUAUUAUAAACAGGAAAACAUUUUAUGACCAUUUAUAACAAAAUAUUUAAUCAUUCAUCAGUUUAAUUGAUGUAUAUAACUGUAGAAGACAUUUUUUAAAUAUCAGACGUGUGACUUACAUAAUUUUACUCAAAUUGUUAGUAUUUCAGGUGAUAUAUGACAUUAAUUCCAAUUGUAUUUAGUCAUCUAUUCUACCGGGGUAAAAAAAAAAAAGCCAUGCCAAGAUCAAACAACGGGCUUUUCUUUAAAUACUAAUAAAAUGUACUGUAUACUAACACCCAAUAACAGCAUAUAGCAAAAAUAAACUCAU